AUGACUAUAAGCGAUCAAGAACAGUUAUUGAGGGAGGAACACGAAGCAAAACAAAUCACCAGCGUCAACUUUAAUCAAGAUUUCAGCUGCAUAUCUGUUGGUACAAAAUCUGGCUACCGUAUCUAUAACUGUGAUCCCUUCAACAAAUGUUAUUCGAAAGUGGACAGCGAUAUAGGCCAUGUUGAAAUGCUGUUCUGCACAUCUCUCGUUGCUCUGGUCGGAUCCAGCCAUGAAUCUCCCUCAAGAUAUCUGCGCAUCAAUAACACGAAACGGGAGAGCACUAUUUGUGAGCUGUCUUUCCAUAGCCCUAUCUUAUCUGUCAAAAUGAAUAGAAAGCGACUCAUUGUUAUAUUGGAGAGCCAAAUAUUCGUAUACGACAUCAGCAAUAUGAAACUGUUACAUACAAUUGAUACGAUCCCAAAUCCCGAAGCCAUCUGCGCAUUAUCACCUUCCAGCGAAAAUUGCUAUUUGGCUUGUCAGCCACUACGAGCCUCUGAUUAUUACACAACAUCCUCGUCGUCAUCGUCAUCCAACUCAUUUUCAACUUACAACGGUAUUGGGGACAUUGAGAUCUACGAUGCCAAUGCAAUGAAGCUGGCCAAUAUCGUACAGGCGCAUAAAUCUACCAUCAGCUGCAUUUCUAUGAAUUCUGAAGGCACCUUAUUAGCGACUGCAAGCGAGAAGGGUACAGUCAUUCGUGUCUUUGCAAUUCCCAGUGCAGACAAGGUGUAUCAGUUCCGAAGAGGUUCUUACUCGGCCAAGAUCUACUCCAUGUCUUUUAACCUAGUCAGUACAUUGCUGUGUGUGUCAAGCGAUACUGAGACGGUCCAUAUCUUUAAAUUGUCAUCGAAUAGCAAUGCGUCCGACAAUAGUUCAUUUGACAAGAAUGAGCCAUCAUCCAUUUCUAUGCAGAGACGAUCUUCUUUGCAGCAUAUAGGACGUAGUAUGGGAUCGUUUUUACCAGACAGAUUGACUGACAUGUGGGAGCCAUCUCGUCAUUUUGCUUCACUGAAAUUACCUAAUGUUGGCGUUCGUAGCUUGGUUGCUUUGAGCAGCACAACGCCACAAGUGCUGGUGAUCACUGCUGAAGGAUACUUUUACCAGUACAAUAUUGAUCUGGAGAAUGGCGGAGAGUGCGUAUUGCUCAAAAGAAAUAGUUUGCAUGAGCCGGGAGAUAUGGAAGAUUAA